AUGCUGAUCGACCACCCGGUGGUGGUGUGUGCCCCCCGAAGUCAGUUUGGCUGGGCCUGGGGGAGGGGGAUCUUGGCGUGCAUCGAAUCCCAAGUGAUCGUGCGGCCCUCCUGCUGCCAGCCGGAUCCUGCAGCUAGGGAAACGUCAAACUCUACCGCCUGGUCGAUUCCACAUCCAUCACCGGUCAUCCUCGUUCCGCUGUGUUGCUCUCUCGUCGAGCGAGUAGUCAUGGCUCCCGUGGACACACAAGAGGAAAGGGCUACGAGACUACUGACGGGGAGGCUCUCCCGGACAACACCUGCCCGGGUGUCCUUCGACCUGCAAUCGCGCGGAAUCCCCAGUGCUGUGUCUGUGUGUUUUCUUUUGUCAAGGACCGGGAUGGAUGGACGAAACUCACAAGAGCUUCAGUCAUCCUCGGAGGAAAUCGACGCGGAAAAACGACAGAGCAUAGACAUGCUCCUUGCUGGACAUUUCACGUGGGGCGGCAAUAUCAUCGAGCAGAUCCCGUCCAUCCUUCCAGCCCCUUAUGGUUUUUCUUGUGGCAACGGACACUCUCUACGCGGUUCGUGGUGA